UCCGCUCUUCCUUUUUCAUUGGCGAGCCGCCCCGCCAUUCAAGCGUCACGUGACAAGAGCGGGCGGCACCAUCGCCGCGGUCUGGAAGGGCCGUGCGUGAAAAGGCCGCGCCUGAGCGCGCGCGGCUCCGGUAGACAUGGCGGCGGCGGCGGCGCGGGGGCAGCAGCGCACGGGUGAGCUGUGCAAAGCUCCGAAGUCUGCAUCGGCCACAGACAGACUCUCUGCAGCCUCCUACCUGGACUACCCGAAGCACAAGCCCUUCAUCAAUGCCGAUCUGCUGCGCUCCCCGCAGAAACCUGUGGUUCCUUAUCCUGAGAGCAACAGCAGAGCAAUAUUUUCUGCUCUGAGGAAUCUUCAGGAAAAAAUUCGCCGGCUGGAGUUGGAACGGCUUCAGGCAGAGGAGAAUGUCAAACACCUCAGCAGAGAAACAGCAGACUACAAGAAAGUACUGAGUGAGCAAAUGCAGCACAGAGAGCGUGACAGAACUGAAGUGUCAAAGAAAAAUCAAGAACUGGCUUCUCAGCUGGCAGCUGCUGAGUCUCGGUACAGCUUGUUAGAGAAACAGCUGGACUACAUGAGAAAAAUGAUCCAGCAUGCAGAAAGGGAGAAGACGCAGCUCUUGGAGAAACAGGAUUCAUUGGAGAGAGAACGGCUUGAUCAAUCACAUGUUCAGUUGAAACUGGAGAAGCUGGAUAUGUUGGAGAAAGAAUAUGCCAGGCUUACCACAAUGCAGUCCAUAGCAGAGAAAAAAAUGAAAGAGCUGGAACUGAAACUUCAGGAGGAGGAACACGCAAGGAAGCUCGUUCAGGAAAAAGCAGCUGAGCUUCAGACAGGCCUGGAAACCAACAGACUGUUGAUUCAAGCAGCAUCACCACUGCUUUCUCCAAAAGCAAGAAAACCCAGGAAAAAAACUAAGCAGCCAGAGAAGAAAUGCUCUCUUACAAGCCAUCUCACUACGCAGCCCCAUUACAGACUGUGUCUGGGUGAUGUACCCUUUGUAGCUGGGAAGUCUACGAGUCCCAGCCAUUCAGUUGGUGCCAAUGUACAACACGUCCUACACCUCAUGAAACAUCACACAAAAGCUUUGUGCAACAAUCGUGUGGUGAAUGAUACUCCACUAGCAAAAUCCAUCAGUGCUGGUCGUCCUGCCAGCAGAAGCAGAAAGCCAGCUCUGCCAAAGGACUAUUCUUCAUCACAGGAAGAGCUCUCAGAAGUUCUGCUGACUUUACAGGACGAGUUUGGGCAGAUGAGUUUUGAUCACCAGCAGCUGUCUAAGCUUGUCCAGGAAGCUCCAACCAUUGCAGUAAGGGAAGAUCUGGAGAGGGAACUGGAGGCACUAGUGGGAAAGAUGGAGGCAAAGGCAGACCAGAUCAGCAAAGUCCGAAGGCAUUGGCUGCAGCUAGAGAGACUUAAAAGAGAAUGCAAGUCCAAAAAGGCUUCUGCUAAACACAAAAAAGACAGCAAGUUUCCUGUGAGUGAGGUUAAAGUAACAACAACAGUAACCACCAAAGGAAAGGAUGCUGGUCCCAUCAAAGUGAAACCUGGAGAGAAGAGCCGUAAAAACCUUCAGUUGCUGAGAGACAUGCAGACUAUACAAACCUCACUACAGAAGGAUGAUAUCAGCUGGGACUACUGACUGCUGUGCAGAUGUUUUUGAAACCAUCCCAGUCACAUUCUGGAUAUAAAACAGCUGCCAUUCUUGCCAUGUGAGAGACUACUGUAUGCUAAGCAUGGUUUUCAAAUGGAGGUCCUUAAUUCUUCCAUCUGUGGGUGAUUGUAUGGUCUGGUUUAAAACUCAUUCCACGUUUCAAGUUAUCUGGCCACUGUGUCUAAACGUGGGUUUCUACUACUUCCCUUUGUGUUAGGAUUCCAACAGUCCCUCCCUUUUCUUGGUCUGCACGCCAAACAACACUGUUUAUGUGGGUUGGCUUGUGUGAAAUGCCACUGUGAUAUCACAGUGUUGCAGAACUCCUGUGCUUUGGGAGGCUUCUUCAGAUGUGUCCUCUUGAAAGCAACAGCAGGUCCUUAAGUCUUGAGGGCUUCUGUCUGUUCUGUUGUGUGCCCAGCUGCAAUUAUUCAAACUGUGAUUGUAAAAGGGAGAACAGGUAAACUCCUUCAGAAGUGUUUUUCUGUAGUUCUCCUCAAAAAGUGUUCCUAGUCCUGCACAUUCCAUUUGUCAGCAUGAAUGGCAAUGGAUGCUUGAGUAUGCAGAAGUGACUUUACAGAUUAUUUUGCUUUAAUGAUGGGAUUGCUUUGAUUCUGAAGGGUGAAAUAUUUCUUCAGAGCUCAUAUUUAAUGAAAAGGCUAUAGGAUAUGGUCUUGUCCGUGGCUUUGGGUGGUAAGGGAGGGAGAUGAAACAUGUUUUAAAUUGCAAAUGCCAAGUCAUUCAUUUGGUCCUGGCAUCUUGCUUUUAACUUGAAAUACGUGCUUUAAUGAGAGAUCUAUUUUGGUAGUAGUGUGCUCACACAGCUGAGUAAAUGUUAUUUAUUAUGUUAAUAAUGUAAAGAAUUUCCUAUUAAUGCAUAGAAGACCCAGAUUAUCUGUUUAUACAGUUGAAAAAUAAUAAAGCCAGCUUGCCUGUUGAAUGAAUUGUGGGAACAAAAGAAGGGUAACUGUCAUAGGCAACUCCCUUCUGAGGGGAACAGAGGGCCCAAUGUACUGACUGGACCCUCCCCAUGGGGCCACUUGGAACCUCCCUGCUCUUGUGAGGUAAUAAUCCAAGGACCAGCUUUUAGUUGUUCAAGUCAGCAGUGAUGGUGCAGAGAGGUCUGAGGGCUUUCAAGAGAUAUCAAGGGUAUUAGGACAACUUGCUGAAGGAGUGGGAGCUCGGUGUCUUCCUUGAUCCCUUCAGAAACAAGGAAAGAUGUUGAUCAGAAAGCUGAAAUACCUUAAAAAUACUGCUACGGUCCUGCACAGAAGCAUUAAAAUCACAAGAAAUUCUUACCCAAGCAAAAUGAAGUGACUGAUCCCAGCAGCUCACAUGCAUCCCUUGGCAUUCCACUACCUUCCUCCUGAUGUGGAAGAGGCACCGGAGAACAGAAGAGCUGCAGGAAGCCCAGAGAGAGCUGUGCUCUGCUCCCUCCCUCAGAAAUAAAGAUGCUUAAUUUACAUCCUGGCACACUCACUGUAAACCAUAAGCAAAAAUCUAAAGUUGCUGAGAUGGAAGUAAACAUUGUCCUAUAAAGUUAAGUCAUGUAAGUUGCUCUUCUACCACCAUGUGGUGUAGUGGUAGAAGAUGCCCUUCUUACGUAAGGCAUCAUUUUACAUGGCUUCCCAAAAUCCAGUGAAAGUGAGAACAGUGAUACGUUUUGGAUUCUAGCGCUACCUCCGCUUGGUUCUCAUGCUGUAUCUGUUAAUACCUCAGUUGCAUGACUUCACACGGUGAGAUUCUACAGUUCUUUUAGCAAAGGGGGGCCUUUUCAAACUCCCAAGGCAAUGUUUUUCCUAUAUAGUACUUUGCUCUAGUGCACAGUCCCUUUUGUAAAGCAAGGUGAUUUCCAACAUGUAAGUGAACAAGGAAAGAGCUCUAGGUUUCUCUUAAGUGGCAAGUGCAAUUGGCUUGUGUUAUAAUCUAGCCACUGAGAAGGUUAAUUGCAUAGGGGGCUAUGUUUCUUUUUGCUUAAGCUUCUGUUAGUGAUACAGUACUAAUAAAUUACCCUGGAGAGAAAUAAAUAAAUAAUAGGUUGGCAUCCCCCAGACACUGCAAAGGAAAUCCAGAGAGUUCCAGGAAAGCGGUCCUGAUGGUCCUGGGAAGGUACUCUGCAAACAAGUCCAGCUCACACCACUGUCUGUACAGGAGUGACGCACUGCGCGGGAGAGCCAGCUCUCUCUGAGGAUGAGGUGGAACGAGAGCAGCUGACACAAAGUG